AUGGAGUGUAUGUUCUGUUUCUGUGGGGCUGUUUCUCCCCUUUUCCCACUUGCUUCCAUGUUUGUAAGCAAGGNUGCGAGAUUGGCGGUGGAAUUGGGCCGGCUACUGGCGCCGCGUCGCACCGUAGUCAAGCUCGCUCGCAAUCUGGAUCCCGAGACAACAUUGAGGCUUCUGAACAUCCUUUCUGAAUGCCCACAUCUUCAUUUGGUGGAUGGAGAAGAAGCAGCGCUGUCAGGUUUUAUCUGGAAUUUUGCCAUCCAAAUGGCGAAUUCCAUUUUGUUGGGUGUAGGACUUUCAGCUAUUUACAACGGCGAGGUUGAGACAUUUCUCAACACACUGACACGGUUGCUGCUAGGGUACUUGUGGCUAGGUUCAGGGAAAAUGUUCUCGAGAGGGAACCGGGGCGGGGAUUGGCGGAGGCUGUUCUCCUCGGUGACGUGGCUGAAGAAAACGUCUUCCACAGGACUGGCCUCCCCCCAGCUCCUCGUUUUCUUGAGGAAGAUGCCGAUGACCGUGCUGGCGGCGAGGGAGAUGCUGCUGGCGGCGAGGGAGAUGCUGCUAGCCGUGCUGAAGAGUGAUAGAAGAGUUUUGCUAAUACAAAUAUGCAAAAAACUGUAUGGACUUUCUGAUCUUCUGAUGGGCUAUCUCGUUACAUUACUGCCAUUGGUAGUCUUUAACUACUGGCAAAGGCAUGAUAUUAAAGGAACACUCAGUGCAAUUGGCAAAGUGGAUGUUCCAUCUAUUGCUGCAGUGAGGUCGCUGCCGGUGUCGAGGAUCAUGUGGAAGGGCUUGGCCGGGGUGCCGACCCCAAUGCGAGUGAAGUACUCACUGCUGCUCAUUGAGAGGCCGGAGAAUACGGAGCUGAGGGUUUCCGAGAGGCGAUGGUUCUGGCCCAGAGGGACUCACGGGUGGAGCUGGAGGAUGUGA